AUGCAGCACUACGGGGUGAACGGCUACUCGCUGCACGCCAUGAACUCACUCAGCGCCAUGUACAACCUGCACCAGCAGGCGGCCCAGCAGGCCCAGCACGCCCCUGACUACCGGCCUUCAGUGCAUGCGCUUACGCUGGCUGAGCGCCUGGCCGGCUGUACAUUUCAAGACAUCAUCUUGGAGGCCCGUUAUGGCUCCCAGCACCGCAAACAGCGUCGCAGCCGCACAGCAUUCACGGCUCAGCAGCUCGAAGCCCUGGAAAAGACCUUCCAGAAGACUCACUACCCAGAUGUGGUGAUGCGUGAGAGACUGGCCAUGUGCACCAACCUGCCUGAGGCCCGAGUGCAGGUGUGGUUCAAGAACCGCCGGGCUAAGUUCCGGAAGAAGCAACGCAGCCUGCAGAAAGAGCAGCUCCAGAAGCAGAAGGAGGCUGAGGGCUCCCAUGGGGAAGGCAAGACUGAGGCUCCAACCCCAGACACCCCGCUGGACACUGACCAGCCCCCCAGUCUUCCCAGCGGCGACCCCCCUGCUGAGCUUCACCUGAGCCUAUCUGAGCAGUCAGCCAGUGAAUCAGCCCCCGAGGACCUGCCAGACCGUGAGGAAGACCCUCGGGCAGGCACUGAGGACCCCAAAGCUGAGAAGAACCCUGGGGCUGAGAGCAAGGGUCUGGGCUGCAAGAGGGGCAGCCCCAAGGCAGAUUCUCCAGGCAGCCUGGGCAUAGCUCCUGCAGCCCCGGGGGGCAGCCUGCUGGGCCCCUCCCACUCCUACUCCUCGUCCCCGCUGAGCCUCUUCCGUCUGCAGGAGCAAUUCCGCCAGCACAUGGCGGCCACCAACAACCUGGUGCACUACUCAUCCUUUGAAGUGGGAGGCCCAGCCCCUGCGGCUGCGGCUGCGGCCGCGGCGGCUGCUGUGCCCUACCUGGGCGUCAACAUGGCCCCACUGGGCUCUCUGCACUGCCAGUCCUACUACCAGUCCCUGUCAGCAGCCGCUGCUGCCCACCCCGGCGUGUGGGGGUCCCCACUGCUGUCCGCGCCCCCAGCAGGCCUGCCACCUGCCUCAGCUGCCCUGAACAGUAAAACCACGAGCAUCGAGAACCUGCGGCUCAGGGCCAAGCAGCACGCAGCCUCCCUGGGACUCGAUACGCUGCCCAACUGA